AUGCUGCUGCUACCGCCGUCCGUGUCCCUGCGCCGUCCCUGCUUGCUACCGCUGGCAGUGCUGCUGCGCGCGCUGAGGCGGGGCAACCCGCUCCUCCUGGUGCAGCGAUGGCUGGCGCGCUCCUGCAGCAGCCGCAGGGGCGAGAGGCGGAGGGAGACGCUGGCGCGCGUAGGCAGGGGAGCGCGCAAGGCGAUAGAAAGGCGGAUGUCUCUAACGGGAGUGUUUCUAAAGGGGGAGGUGAGGGGUGAGAGGGGGAGUAGGAUGAGGGGAGUGGUGAUGGAGAUGGCGGGGGAAGGCGGGGAGGCGGGCGGAGGGGCGGGGGAGGGAGCGGGGGUGGAAGAGGGGGCGGAGGUAAAAAGAGGAGAGGGGGAGGGGGAGGGGCUGGGGGUUCUUCGUCUGGAGGAGGGCGGGGAGGGGGAAGCAGGGGGUACGGGGGAAGGGGAGGAGGGGGUGGGGGAGGCGGAAGGGGAGGCGGGUGGAGGGGGGGGAGGGGGGAGAAGAGGGGGAGGGAGCAGGUCGGCGGAUGGGGGAACGGCCCCUGGGGCUUCGAGGGAAGAGGCGGAGGGGUGGGAAGAGUAUGGGGAAGAGGGGGAGGAGGAUGGAGGGGAGUGGAUGGCUGGGGAGGAGGUUGUGGGGGUGGGGGAAGGGGAGGGGGAGGGGGAAGGGGAGGGGGAAGGGGAGGAGGAGCAGAGGGGUGGGUGCAUUGAUGAGCGGGAGGAGGAGGGGAGGGAGGAAGAGGAGAGAGUGAGAGAGGAGAGGAAGCAUGAGCAGGCGAAUACUGAAAGAAUCACUUUGGGAAACGGGGUAGAGGAUGGGAGAGGAGGGUUAAAAGAGGAAGAGGCGGGAGAAGGGGGAGAGGGGGGAGAGGGGGGAGAGGGGGAAGAGUUGCAAGAGGGGGUAGUAGAGAGGGAGGCAGUGGCGGAGCAAAGGCAGGUGAUGGAGGAGGGCAGGGGAGGGGGCGACGUGGAAGAGGAGAGGAAGAGGCGAGGAGAUGAGAGGGUGGUAGACGGAGCAUUGGAAGGGACGGAGAUUGCGGGAGAGGGAGGUUCAGGCAGCGGUGACGGUGAAGCAAGAGAGUGUGUGGCAGGUGAAGCAAGAGAGUGUGUGGCAGGUGAAGCAAGAGAGUGUGUGGCAGGUGAAGCAAGAGAGUGUGAAGCAAGAGAGUGUGUGGCAGGUGAAGCAAGAGAGUGUGUGGCAGGUGAAGCAAGAGAGUGUGUGGCAGGUGAAGCGUGUGGGGCGAAGGAGGAUUCUGGGCCGACUCAUGAGUCACCUGGUGGUGUUGCGUGUAUGGAUGGGGGGUGUGGGGCGACGGAGGAGAGGGAAGAGGGGGAGGAGCGUGAGGUGGGAAAGGAAGGAGGCGGUAGGGAGGAUAUGGCAGGCGAGGCGGGGAGCGGGGAGAAGGAAAGGGAGGACGUGGGGGACAGAGGAGGAGAGGAGCAGGGAAGAGAACAAGAGGAGCAGGAAGGGGAGCAGGAAGGGGGACACGAAGGGGGGCAGGAAGAGGGGCAGGAAGGGGGAGAGGAAGGGGGAGAGGGAAAGGAGCAGGAGGGGACGCAGGAUGACAGGGAGGAGGCGAGUGGGAAAGGAAAGUCACCAAUUGAAACGAGUCGAGGUGCAUUUGCUGCCUCUUGCUCUCCCUCCGCUUUUUCUCUCCCAGAGACUGCUGCACAUGCUUCUCCGCAUCCUGCUGUUGCCUCUGCUCCUGCAGCGAUUCCCGCAGCGAGUGCUGCAACAGAAGGGAUUUCUGGCGUUGCGGAAGGGUGCUGGACGGUGUGCAGCGGCAGAGUGUCCACCCCUGUGGUGCCAGGAGCGCGUGAGGAGCAGGCAAAGCAAUCACACAUAUUGCAAGUGAGCACGCGACACACACAGCCACAAAAAGACUCGUGCGAGCAAGCAGCGGACUGCCUUGUCCCCACCGCCUCAGAGUCGUCUUCCCUCCUCCCACCUUCACCAGCAGCUGCUGCCGCUUCUCCUCCUCCUGCCACCGCCGCUCCCCCCCCUGCCGCGUCUCCUCCUUCCGUCACCCCGCCACUCAUCCCGCCACACACCCCUCAGCCUCCUCGCCCCUCUUCUUCUCCUCUCCUCUCGUCUUCUCCUCGCCUCUCGUCUUCUCCUCGCCUCUCGUCUUCUCCUCGCCUCUCAUCUUCUCCUCGCCUCUCGUCUUCUCCUCGCCUCUCGUCUUCUCCUCUCCUCUCGUCUUCUCCUCUACCCGCAUCCCCAAGCUCCCGCGCGCCUGCAACCCUCCCCACUCGGGAUCUCUCUCCCCAGCCAACCCCCGCCCCCUCACAGGCGUCCCUCCAGCCACCCCCCUUCCCCUCCCUCGCUGCAAGCACAGCGACCAGCACCCCUCCCGGCCCUGUACUACCAGAAUCAGCAGCAGCAGCAGCAGCAGCAGCGGCUGUAGUUGAUUCCCCCCAUGGGGUUCCAGACGCAGAGAAGGGCAUUCUCGGCAAGGGCUACGGUCCCCCUCUCACCCUGCCCAUGCCUGUGCCCAUGCCCGUGCCCAUGCCCGUGCCCAUGCCUUUGCCUGUGCAUCUGCCCGUUCCCCCUGGUGUGAGCGCCAUGCAGUGCGCGCCUGGGGGGUGGUCUGGGGUUGGUGCUGAUGCGGCAUGGCAUGCCAUGCCUGCUGGCAUGCCCAUGCACGGAGGGGGUCCAAUGGUCGUGCCAGGAGGGGGACCCAUGCCCAUGCCUCCUGUGCAUGGAGAAAUGUACAUGCCCAUGCAUGCGCCUGGUGCUGUAGGCAUGGGAGCAGGCAUGGGAGCAGGCAUGGGAACAGGCAUGGAGAUGGGUAUUGGGAUGGGGGCAGGGGGCGACGGAGGGCUCUGGCUAUGUAGCUGGGGAGGAGUGGGGGAUGAGUGGAGGGGUGGGCAGAGCGGAGAGUGUGGGUGUGGGGAAGGGAGGGAGGAGGAAGGAGAAGGAUGGGUGGUAGCGACAGCGUUGGGUGCUGGGGUUGGGAAGGAGUGCGGUGUGGAGGGGAGAGGAGGCAGAGGAGGAGGAGGAGGAAUAGGAGGAAACAGUGGUAAGAGAGGAGGGAGGGGGUUAGGAGGAGCAGGGUCGGCCACGUGUGCAGCAGCUGUCCACGUGUACUCCUUCGAGCAGCUCAAGCAGAUCGGGCUGCAGUCCGUCCAGUACCAGCGUGACACGUGGCGCACCAUGAAUGGCAGCACGCAGCUGGCUGUGGAAGAGCUCAUGAGGGACGAGGAGCGGUGGGGGGGACAGUGGGGCAAGCAGGAGGGGGGAGAGCAGGAGGAGGAGUGGGAGGAGGAAGAGGAAGAAGAGGAGGAGGAGGUGCAGGCGAGGGCUCUGCCAGUGUAUGGAGAACCGGACUUCUCCAUUCCACACCCCCUUGACGGGCUCGAGUACUUGCGGCGUGUUAGGUGGGAGCGGGAGCAACUUUUGAGGCGACUCAGAAGUCAACUCUUUCCCCGCCUCCUCUCGAAUCCCUUCCUCUCUUCUCUGGUCCGCCCUGUGCAGGUGGGAGCAGGAGCGACUUUUGAGGCGACUCAGAAGUGGGAGCGGGAGCGACUUUUGAGGCGACUCAAAAGUCAACUCUUUCCUCGCCUCCUCUCGAAUCCCUUCCUCUCUUCUCUGGUCCGCCCUGUGCAGGUGGGAGCAGGAGCGACUUUUGAGGCGACUCAAAAGUGGGAGCGGGAGCGACUUUUGAGGCGACUCAAAAGUCAACUCUUUCCUCGCCUCCUCUCGAAUCCCUUCCUCUCUUCUCUGGUCCGCCCUGUGCAGGUGGGAGCAGGAGCGACUUUUGAGGCGACUCAAAAGUCAACUCUUUCCUCGCCUCCUCUCGAAUCCCUUCCUCUCUUCUCUGGUCCGCCCUGUGCAGGUGGGAGCGGGAGCGCGUGCCCAAGGUGGUUGUCGCAGCAGCCAAUGAGAAGCCGCCACCUGGCGGCAAUCCCACUAGCAGCACUGGCGACAGCACGAGCAGCAGCAGCGGUGCCCCAGUGGCCCUGUGAGUGCUGCAUGUGCCUGCCUGUCCCCGCCCUGUUGCUGCCGUCCCAUGAGUGGCGGCAGUACGUGCAAGGUGCAUUCGGGUACCUGCGCCAUGUGGGUGCCUUUCUGCUGCGCCAGUUAGAUGUUUCCCUGCCGCUCGAGGUGGGUGCUGCUGUGCAUGACGCCAGGUGGGUGGGUGCUGCUGUGCAUGGCAUGGUGCCAUGUGGGUGCUUCUGUGCAUGGCAUGGUGCCAUGCGGGUGCUGCUGUGCAUGGCAUGGUUCCAUGUGGGUGCUGCUAGCCUUGAAGGCGUUGACGAAUCACGAGUCGCCACGUGUCACGGCAUGCCCAUCCCAUCCCACCGCGACCUGCAUGCAUGGCACUCCUACUGCUUCGGCCGUGCACUGCCCUGUGAAAAGGGGGAGGGGGGCGAAGGGGCAGUGGGGGGAGGGGGUAUCAAACAGAAGGCGAAGAGGAGAGCGGGAAGGAAGGCGGGUGGUAAGGAUGAGGGAGAGGAUUGCAGAGAGGUGAACCAAGGGGAGGGAAGCGAGAGAGGAGAGAGUGAGGGGGGAGGGAGUGACGAGGAGGGAAGCAGAGAUGGGGAAGGGGAAGUGGAUGGGGAUGGUGAGGAGAAUGAUUCGAUUGCAGAGGAGGAGGGGGGUGCGUGGGAGGAGGACGUGGAUGGGGAGAGAGGGGAGGAUGAGGGAGUGGAGGAGGUUGGGGGUGGAGGAAGGGAGGAGGAGGUGGGUGGUGACAGAGGAGAGGAGGAGGUGAAGGGUGAAAAGGGAGAGGAAGAAAAGGAGGAUGGUGGGGAGGGGAAGCAGAGUGGUGCAGAAGGUACCGUAAAAAAAGAGCAAAAUUGA